AUGACCCAGCCAGUUUCUCUCGGAGAAUGCAAAAAACUCGAAAAAGUCGAACUUCACGCUCAUCUAAAUGGCAGUAUUUCCAUCGCAACCAUCGGAAAACUCUUGAAAAUCGAAGGAAGAUCGAACAUCGUCAUUCCAACUGAUUUCGUAUUAAAACAGCCGACAACGAUGGAAGAGGUAUUCAAAAUGUUUCCGCUGAUUCAGAAAUUGACUGAAAAACCGGAGAAUUUGAGAAUUGCGGUGGAAGAUGUGAUGAGAGAAUUCGAGGAGGAUGGAGUGGUUUAUUUGGAAUUGAGGACAACUCCGAAGUGUACGGAAUUUAUGAGCAAGAAAGAGUAUGUUGAUGUGAUUUUGGAGGCGAUUCGGAGGCUUGAGGAUAGACGGAAAAUGAAGACUAGAUUGAUUUUGAGUAUUGAUCGAAGGCAGAAUAUUGAAGAAGCUGAGGAAACUGCCAAAAUUGCGAUUGAUGAUGGUAAGAAAUAUAGAUUUUUGGAAAAUUCUCGAUUUUCUCUGCAGAUUCUGGUCUCAUUGUGGGCAUCGAACUUAGCGGAAAUCCCAUCCUGGAUGGCACAAAAUUCAUCCCAACCCUCCAGAAAGCACGAAAUUCUAAUCUCGGAAUCUCAAUUCAUUUAGCUGAAGUUGAAGAAAAUACCCAAGAAAUCAUGGAUUUUCUAAUCUUCCGGCCUGAUCGAAUUGGACAUGGAACAUUUUUACAUAAAAAUUCGGAAUUUGUGAGAAUUAUGAGAGAUCUAAGAAUUCCUUUGGAGAUUUGUCUAACAUCGAAUACAUUGUGCAAAACAACGAAAACAAUUGCAGAAUCACAUUUACCGUUUUGGAAGGAUUUAGGAAUUCCCAUUGCGAUUUGUGUGAGUUUUUCAUCAAAAUUUAUUUAAAAAAACUGUUUUUAUAGACCGAUGACAAAGGAUUGAUGAAUGAUUGCAAUUUAUCGGAAGAAUUCGAAAAAGCUUCAGUGAAUUUCGGGUUUUCGAAAAGGGAUUUGGAAAAUAUUUGUAAAACAUCAUUUGAUAUUUCAUUUUUCUCAAGAAGAGAUAAGAAACUAUAG